UUUUACUGUCAGGACUUUUCCUACAAUUAAAGGAUAUCAGUAUAGACUUCUCUCCGUACAGGAAAAGAACUGAACAACAAUGCUGAGGUUUGCCAUCACCCUCUUUGCUGUCAUCACAUCAUCCACCUGCCAGCAGUAUGGAUGUCUGGAAGGGGACACCCACAAAGUGAAGCCAAGUCCAGAGCCAAACAUGCAUGAAUGCACUCUGUAUUCUGAAUCUUCCUGUUGCUAUGCAAACUUCACAGAGCAAUUGGCUCAUUCCCCAGUAAUUAAAGUAAGCAACAGCUACUGGAACAGAUGUGGGCAGCUCAGUAAAUCCUGUGAAGAUUUCACAAAGAAAAUUGAGUGCUUUUACCGGUGUUCUCCGCACGCUGCUCACUGGAUCAAUCCCAGAUAUACUGCUGCUAUUCAGUCUGUUCCACUGUGUCAAAGCUUCUGUGAUGACUGGUACGAAGCCUGCAAAGAUGAUUCCAUUUGUGCUCGUAACUGGCUGACGGACUGGAAACGGGAUGAAAGUGGAGAAAACCACUGUAAGAGUAAAUGCAUGCCAUACAGGGAGAUGUAUGCAAAUGGGACCGACAUGUGCCAGAGUAUGUGGGGGGAAUCAUUUAAGGUGAGCGAAUCCUCUUGCCUCUGCUUGCAAAUGAACAAGAAGGACAUGGUGGCAAUCAAGCAUCUCCUCUCUGAAAGCUCAGAGGAAAGCUCCAGUGUCAGCAGCAGUGAGGAGCAUUCCUGCCAAAAGAAACUCCUGAAGUUUGAGGCACUACAGCAAGAAGAAGGGGAAAAGACAAGAUGAACAUUGGUAGAUGAAUGUCAGGAGGAGAGAAAUCAUUGUGGAGGUUGGGCUCAGGGCAUCACAGCAGCCUGUCUUAUCCCUCACUUCUGAGAACACAAUAAAUCAA